AUGGCUACGUCGACUAGAAUUUUUUUAUUCGGCUUGGGACAUGCACCUAGUCGUUCACUUAUCAAAGGUCUUGCUCGUGCAACCAAUGGUCGUUUCGUGUUCAUUCCACCAGGUACAUGUGUGGACGUAUACGUCGGCGAACAAUUACAAAAAGCAUUGCAACCAUGCAUUACCAAUGUUCGAAUAAAGUUAAAUCUUGAUUCAACACUUAUCAAUGUUGUUCCGACAAGUUCACCACCUGUCUUUAUCAAUGAUCGUCUCAUUGUCUAUGGCAUACUUAACAAUAACAAGAUGACGUCAUUCGAUCAUGAGGUAAACUUUGAGCUCUACAGCGAGCAGCAUCGUUUAUGUGAAGCUAAAGUGAAUCGAAUUCCAAAUGUCAGCAGCGACGGAAUGAUUGCUCGAUUAGCUGCCAAAGCUCUCAUUUUGGAACUGCAACAUUCGAAACUAUCUUCAUCUAACAAGAAUGAGUUAACAGAAGCCCAACAAACGGAGGCAUCGAAUGAAGAAAUUAAAAUGACAAAAGAACAAAUUAAAGAAAAGAUCAUCGAAAUUUCACUCAAACACAACAUUUUGAGUCCGUACACGGCCUUUGUCGGUGUUGAAAAACGCGUCAAUGCAAGUAAUGCGAACUUAGUCUUACGUGAAGUACCAAUAGACAUAUCAGCUGACAAUCAAUAUUUGGAAUACUUGACGACAACUAUCUCUCAAAUGCGUCAUAAGCAAUCCAAAAUGCUUCAUGAACAAGAAAUGCAAUCUCGAAUGCGUGACGCAUCUUUGUAUGACAGAUAUGAUAUUGAUCAAAUGUACGGUGCAGCUUCAUACAUUAGACGUUGGACUGCCAGUAGUGGAUCUGCUCGACAGCAUUUCGAUCAUAUUUGUACCAAUUAUCAUAAAGCUCGAGCGAAACUAGCCGUUACUGUCAAAAAUUAUGAAGAAGCUCGACAAGAUUGUAAUCUGACAUGCAUGGAUGAGAAUGAAGCCCAAAAGCGUCUCGACUGUAUUCGUAACGAUUAUGAUAAAGCACGAAAGCAGCUAGAUCAAACUCGUAUGGAGUACAAUGGAGCACGGCAACAUUUAGAUUCCGUUCGAAUGAAUUAUUCUGAACUUGAACAUCGUUUCGGUCGUGUUAUUAGAGAUUACAAUGAUCAUCGACACCAUUUUGCUCACUAUAACACGUAUUCUAAUAGUGCUUGGCAAAAUUUUGAUUCCAUUCGCGAAUAUUGUGAGCGUGUUCAAGAAAACUUUGAUCAAAUCCUGGUGAAUUAUGAUAGGGCUCAAGCACAGUAUGAUAACGUGAUUGAUUCCAUUGACAAAAGCUACCAAAUCCAGAAAGAAUCUCCUAUAACAACUUCUGACGAUAAUAGUCAGCGACUUUCGCAAAGCUGCAUGAAGGCGUUGAAUUCCACCGAGAAACGUUUCCAACAGGCCCGUGAAUCUUUAGAGCAGUGUGGCAACAAGAACGAGCGUAUCGUAAGGCAUCUGGAAGAAGCUUGUGAUCAUAUACAGAGCGAAGUGAAGCAAGCAAAGAGAAGUGCUGUUGAAUUGCGCCAUAGUGAGCGAGUGUCUUCGGCUGAAAUGCGUUAUGCCGAAGAACUGCUACGCGAAGAACAUGAGAAGAAACAAUCUUCCAAAAAGUCACGAGAAAUCACUCGUAAAGAUAAUCAAGGUGACCUAGAUAUUGUACGUGAUAUAAUCGCUCAACAAGAUUUUGAUGGUCUCUGGAAGGUCGAUGAGAAGUUCAUAGAAAAAUUGAUUGGAAAGUCAUUAUUGGAAUUUCAACAAUUAACAAAUACUGAAGUGCUUAUUUCAGCCAUUAUCGUCAUUGUUCUAGAGACCCGUUUUGCUUCCUUAUCGUCAAUGUGGUAUGGAGUGGUACAAAAGGCACGCAAACGUCUUCUAGAUAUGCUGGAUAAAGACAGUGUUAAAUUCAAUACAUUACUAGAAGACAUUCGAAAACAACUAUAA